AUGAGCAUAGAGGAUCUGCUAGGUGAAUCAGAUUCGGACGACUCAGAUGAUGAUGAAUUAACUGGUGACCCUGAGCUUGAAAAGUUUAAAUAAAAAGCAGGAAUUGCUAAGUACUCAAACUAGUCGCAAUCACAGACAAAUCCUUUGCAAAGCGAUAUUAGCAGUAGAUUACUCUCUGAUAAUUCACCCAAAGUUGACCUACCAAAAUCAUAAUCGUAUGCUCUAAAGGCAACCCUUCCCAAACCUUAGACAUAAAUGACACAGGAAGAAAAAAUCAAGGCAGCUCUUGAACUUGAACUCUCUUCUAACAGCAGUAGUGAUGAUGAACUAGACAAAAUACUCCAAUAGACCUCGUCUAAAUAAAUGAAACAAACUGCAAAUACUACUUCCAAAAAUGAUGUUGCUAGUUCUUACAUAUCAAGUAAAAGUGGAUCAAAUAAGAAUAGUGGGAUAGCUACUUUAGAUAGUGAUGAAGCCGGAUUUACUGAUAUCAAUAAGUAUAUGCAGAAUAUUUCUACAAUGGAUAUACUUGACAUUAUUGAGAAGAAUGAACGAAUGAAUGAAGUAGGACCUGAGAAGGAAAACGAGCCUGCAAAUUAAUUACUUUCAUUUGACAAGAAGUUCUACAAUGUUCAGAAAAAAUUGUUCACCUAUUAAGAAUACCAGGAUAUAGGCAAAAAGCUACACUAGUAGAAGAAUCACUAAUUUGGUGGGAUAGUAAUUUAGGAUUACAUAUUUGUGGGUAAUUCAUCGGGAAUCAUAAGAGUAUUUGACAUGAAAUCCUAGAGAGAGAUGAAGCCACUUAUGGAUGAAGGGACCAUUGGGUCUAAUAAGGUCACCAGCAUUGACAUUUCAGAUGAUGGGGGAUUUCUGAUAAGUGGAUAUAAAAAGGGUUAACUAGCUCUGUGGGAUUUAGUCAAUUACAAAUUACUCAAGUAUAUCAAUGAUAUCCACUUGACUGAUGUGAUUAAUGCAAAGAUAUAUCAUAUUGAUGAGAGUGAAAAUCUAUAUGCAGUAUCAUCAGAAGAUUCAGGUAGAGUGUAGCUCAUUAGAUACAAUAAAAAGAGUUUCCUAGGAGGUUACUCCUCUGAGGCUUAAUUCUUAUUUAAGACAAGACUAAAGGGUAGUGCAACAAUAGCUGUGCAGAAAAACUCAAUAGUUGCCUUUGGUUCUUUGAAUGAAAUAGUAGUCUGUUCUAUGAGACCUAUAAAGGAAAUCUUUUAAAUCAAUAGGCCAAGUUUUUGUAAAGAAAAAUCUAUUCCUUAUAUUGAUUGGGGAUUUGGACUUACACCUUCACAUCGUGAGAAAACUGUGCCCAUUUUGGCAUUUGCUUGGGAUAGACUGAUCUAACUUGUUUACAUCAAUGAGGAAACUUCAACAGUUGAAAUGGAUGGAUUUUAUUAUUCUGAUCAAGAGAUCAAUAGCUUAUUCUUUAUGGGAGACUCAAUUCUAUUUGUUCUAAUCAAUGGAAGAGAAAUCAAAGUGCUUUAUACAACUAAGUUUUACCCAGGGCAUUUCAAAUUCUUAGAAAAUGCUAAGAAAGAUGAUUUGCUUAACAAUCAAUUUGAGAAAGUGAUAUCUGUGACAUCUCAUGCAGAACUUGAAAAAGGAUUUGAGUAGUCUGACAUUAAGUCCAAUCUUUUGCAAGCUUAGAUGGUCAUGAAUUACAAUUAAAGCGUAAAGAGGUAUAAAAACUCAAUAUUCUUUAUGUGUGGAAAGACCAUCAUCAGAGGCAAGUUGUUCACGUGGAAGGAAUAUCUAGAUCAUAUAAAGUUCAAGGAGAACUUUGAGUGGCUGACAGUCCUUAAAGUUGCCUUAGAGAUAUAUAAUGGAGAAUCGAAAGGAUUCGGCAAAGUCCCUGAUGAGAAGGAGAUUAGAGAGGGAAUCCUGAAAGGGUUUAUGAAAGAUAUGAUAAAGGAAAGUGUUCAGCAGGUUAUUUAUAAAUAUACUAAUAACAAUACAUUGAUGGCCUCAGUAAAAGACACCACUUAGACUCAAAGAUCAUCUGAUACUUACUAAGCUGACUCCAUUGCAAUUAAGGUAGCAGUAGAAUUCUGUUUGUCAAUCAAUGCUACAUUUUUCCUAUUCAGUGAUAUCUACCAAAUCUUUUAAGAAAUAAUUGGCUUCUACGAGGACAAAAAGAACUUUAAAAUACUUGAAAAGGUUGUUCAAUAGAUGGAUCUUUCGGACUACUCUUAAAAGCCUGAUUUGAUUAUCAUUUGUGAAGUCAAUUGCCUAAUCAGUGCUUUACUGUACUUAAUGUCUUCUCAAGGGGAAGAGAGUCUUGGAUGCAUGUAAAUCUUGAACAAGAUGUUGAAGGUGAUGACUGAUGCAAAGAACAUUGAAAUAGUCAAGGAAGAUAUUGCAAUGAUCUAGAAAUACGAGUCAACAAGAAAGUACGAGAUUGAAAAAUCCAGAACAUAUAUCGGGUUCAAACUUUAUUGGAUUUUGAAGCUUUUCAUUGACGGUAGAAUGUACCCUACAGGAUAUCUAUCCAAUGAUAAGCAUAGAAUUCACGUUUAUGACAUUAUGAACUUUAUCACUAACGAUUAUGUUUUGGAUGAACUCCUACAAUUCGAUAGUGAACAGUUCUUUAAGGUAGUGACUAAGCUAUUUUAUGGAAUUCCAUAUAAGUUUCUGUCUGAGUAAAAGGACUAUCUAAUCUAAAAUAAUAUAAAAGGCACCUAAAUGAGUAUGUCGCUUAGCACUGUAAUCAACGUCUUAUUCCUCAAGAAAUGUGAUAAGAACGAAAUAAGACUUGAAAACUUCUAUAGGUUCUUAAUUGCUGUCUAAUCAUAGCAUGAGUACUAGAAGCCAGAAAGCAAUCCAUAUCUUGCCAUUGAUAAAGAUCUAUUGUUAAAAGCUAUACUUGCCUAGAUUAACAAAAGAGAUCAACAAACUAUUGAUGAGUAGACACUUAUAAAAGCCAUAUAGAACAAAAAGUUCAAGAAUGAUGAUAUUGAAAAAAUGAUUCAGCCAUUAGAGUUGCAAAUAAGAGCAUUGCCUUCACUGAGAAUAUUUUUAGUUGAAAGGAAAAAGGAUUAUGUGCAGUCAUUUAGGCUCAAUAUGGCAAACACUCAAUUGAGGAAACAAAUAUUCGAAUGGAUCAAUAAGAUGAUGAUGUAAAAGAGUAUUAGAGAAUUGAUAGCUAUAAAUGAUUCAGAGUGUGUAGCCCUACUGGAUAGAUGGUUUGAGGACUCUUACUAAGAGCAACUAAUAUUGGAGGAAUUAGCUGAUUACCCUGAGAUAUAGUUCAAUUACUUAAAGAGGUUCUUAGGUUAAAAUGAGGAGAAAAUAAGAAAUACUAUUUAAGAGGCAGCAUAUACCACUGAUCGUAAAGCUGAGGCCUCUAGAUAUAUGGAGUACCUGGUCCUGCAUACUAAGCUUCUUUGCAAAUAUUAGAGAGAUUCAGUACAUGAAUAAGUCAAGAAGGAUUAUUACCCUAUCUCGGAAUGCCUUGAAAUUUGCAAAUAAGAGAAGAUUCCAAGAGCCAUAGCAGAACUACUCAAGAGAAAUGGAAAUUUCCUGCAAAGUCUACAGACCUAUCUAGAUAUUAUUGAAUCUCUCGAUAGACAAGAGAUGAUCAAUGAGUUGUAUUAGAAUUCCAAGCUUCAAGCCAAUAACAAAUCCUCAGCAAUUCAGAGGAAUAAUCUAGAAUACUUGAACUGUUUGAAGUUGCCAACAAUACAUGAAUUCGAUACACUGCUGGACAAAGCAGUCAAAAUAUCAGAGAAGCAGUAAUCUAUCGUAGGUGAGGAAGGCUGGUUCACCAUUCUUGAAUUUCUCUCUAAGUAUCGAUCCGACAUUAUGCAAAAGAUUUACCCUCAGACUAUAACAGGAGGAGGUGGCUAUUAAAAUUUAAAAACUAAGGAGAAGAAUAAGCUUGAUAAUCUGAAGGAAUUCGUAUUCUAAAGGAAGAAUCUUAUUCUGAGGCUUGUACCUACGAGCAUCUCUCUGUAGUCACUGACUGAAAGACUGAACUUAGAUUUCAAAUAGAUCAAAGACUUGUAUGAUUUUAAGGUUAAAGCAGUAAGGAACAAUGAAAAGUAUCUUAAACUUGCUAAAAAUAUGCAAUAGAAGGAACUGAUUUCAUUAUAAGAGUAGUUAUACCAAUAAAUUUUAGAGGAUGAUGAAAAAUGCCAAGUGUGCAGCUUGCCACUUUAGCUUUAAGUGCAAAAGGUUCCUCUUAGAAUCUUUCGUUGCUCUCAUAACUACCACCUAAACUGUUUAAAGGAGGUCAAAUGUCCUCUAUGUGUUAAGCAAUCACUUGAAAUUGAGUCGAAGGAGCAGUUAAGGAAAAACAGAACAGGCAAGGGAGGAAAUAAAGAGAACAAUAAAGAGGAAUAGAAGGAGAGAAAUAUGGCUUUUAUUUAGGCAUAGGCUGAAGCUGCCUUCAACAGUAAUUCUUCUGACAAAGGUGGCAAUAAUAUAGCAGGUUCUGCUGGCAGUAGUUUAUUCAUAAAGAGAUUGGAAGUAUUCGAUCAGUUAAAUGAGAAUUUAGGUUUAAGCAUGUCUAGUUUUGCCUGA